CUCCAUGGCUGGCUGUACCCAGUGACACAGUACCCAUCAGCGCAGACCUCCUGGGUGGAGGAGUCUCGCUCUGACAAUAAUCACACAUGGUAGAAUGGCAGACGACUUCAGCCAAUCCCUCACCCCUCCAGUUUCUCCCUUCGCCGCUGACAGCUUCUGUGAUAUGACUCCAGCUCGUCCUCCAUGCUUCUGCUGCUCUGAAACAAAGGAGGACCCCACUGGAGCACUCUCCCCCCUGGGCUAUGCUGCCGGAGGCUCUCUGAAACGGCUGCUGCUGCGCCUCGAUCCGGCCCCCACAGAGUAUGAAACAGACACAGUGGAGAUCUUUGGUUUCCCCUGGGUCACAGAGACCGCAUUGGUGGAAUCCACAAAGCUACUCUUUGGUUUGUUCAGGCAGAAAGUCUACAGGCUGGAGUCCUUGGUGCAGUCCAGCUCACAUGACUUUGGUCAAGCAGGCAACCUCCACUAUGAAGCCGAGGACCUCAGACAGCAGUGUGUUUCAUUUCUCCAGUAUGUAAAGGUCUUCCUGCACAGAUUCUUCGAACCCACUUACUCCUUGGAUACGAGUGAUUCUCACCCCUAUGAGGAGCUGGAGGCUCAGCUCCCCUCCGCUCUGCUGGAGGAGGUUUUUGGCAUCACGCUCCUCGUUGGACGGCUCAAAGACCUGCCUGCAAAUGUUCAGAGUGCCUUCACUAUAGCUAACCCGGGAAAGAUUUUUCCUCCCUCUUGGCAUUUGUUGCACCUUCAUCUUGACGUCCACUGGUCGGUCUUGGAGAUCCUUCACAUACUAAGUCACAAGAUGCAAGGCCAGGUGGUGUACGCCCACCAGUUUGUGAACCUGACGGGAGAGAACCUGACCGAUAGCAGUCUGUUUGAGGAGCACCUGUGCAGUCUGCUGUGUGACCUCACUGCUCUGGCCAUGGGCAAAUACAGCAAGGUGAGGCCUACGGAGGCCCUGAGCAGCCAUCACUACCUCUGCUCCUGCACCAAAGAGCUGUGGGUCCUGCUCAUGCACCUGCUGGAGUACAGGAACAAAGUGUUGCACACACAGUCUUUCUGGAGCUACAUGAACUCGUUGUUGAGGCCCCUGGUUUCUGGGAAGCCAGCAGCAGAGCAGUUCAGCGGGCUCCCCACGCACUGUAAGGACCCUCUGGGAUUCACAUGGUGGCUGCUCACUCAUGUGGCCAUGUUGGGGCAGUACAGUCGUAGCGGCACUUUCCAGCACAAGAAACAUCUGGGGGAAAAUUGGACCUUUGUGGAAGAGUUGCUCAAGUCGUCCUGUAGCCCCAAGGGAGGUGUAGCAGAGGAGCAGGUCAGGAUGCAUGUCCACUGCUGUCUCAGUGUCUGUCUGCUGUGGGACCCGAGCACCAGCGCUGUCUCCACCCUCUGGGACUACUACAGCAGGAAUCUGAGCGCUUCCUUCACUGUACCCUGGCUCGGCGUGUCUGGCAUGGGCACCCUGUGCAAGACGUCCCUGGCUCUGUUCGAGCAGGCCCGCAGCUGCUGCUCCCCCGCUCCCCUCCACUCUCCAGGACACACCCAGCUCUACCGCUCAGCCAACUCCUUCCACCUCUUCCUCCGAGUGCUGGCCCUGUGCCUUGCCCAGGACCGGGCGGGGGGGGCCCCACAGAGACAGAUCAAAGGAAGGAUUUAUUCCAAGUUCUCCUCUAAGAAGAUGCAGGAGCUUCCAGAGUCUGGCCUCAUGAACUUCCUGCUGCUGUUCCUGGUGGUGGCCAGGCAAAUGGAGCUGGAGGACGUGGCCAGCAGAGCCUGUGAGCUGCUGGGUUACCUUCCCUCCAACUGCCCCCCCGGGCAUCGCACCCUGGUCUGGAGGGGACAGCUAGCACUGCUCUUGUUAUUCCAGGAGAGGGGUCUGGAUGUUGGAGCCCAGGCUAGCUGGCUGGCCUCCUCCUUCAAUGAGACUGCCAAAGAGUUCUACGAUAAGACCACAGAUGCGUCUCGUAGGCUCGCCCUCUGGGGGCCCCUCGGCUCCUACCUGGAGGGCGUGGCUGAAGUGUUUGAAACGAGUAGCAGCCUCAACCUAUCGGAGGAGAAGCUGCUCAACGAAGGUUUUGAUUGGCUGUUGCCUGCGUGCCGCCUCUCGGAGCUGAAUUCUGCCCUGGGCUUCCUGCAGAUCGUCCUCUCCCAGCUCAGGCGGGUCCAUCAGCGCAGUGUCCAGUCAGCCCCCACCUCGGCUUGGGCUCCGGGUAACGGCAGUGUGGUGAAAGAGCGCCACCUAGCGGUAGCAGCAGCACUUUGGGCGCACUUCUUCUCCUUUCUGCGCAGCCUACGCCUCUCACAGACCCCCCCCGCACAGCUGGCAGACGCUGCUGCAGGCUUCACGCUGUUGGCCUUUGAUCUGCCUGGCUCUGCCCCCAAGGACCUUCAGCCCAACCCGGUCCAGUCCAUCAUGCAAUGCUUCGGCUGGGACGACAUGGUUCAGCCCGUCCUGGUGACUCGCUACCUUCCCCAUCUGCUCCAAAACAGUGAGCUGGUGUCCUCACUGAGCAGAGACUCAGUGGUGUCCGGCUCGGCACAGAGCCUGUCAGUGAGGGCCUGGUUCCGCUGCGUCCUCCAGCAGCACCUCCACAAGAACCCCGACGGGUCCGACAGCAGGACAGGCCGGGCCGCAGAGGAGCAGCUGUUGGAGCUGACCCGGCUGGUGCUGAGGCUUCCUGAGGUGGAGGGUCUUCUGCAGAGAGCCGGCCUGCAGCCCCCUGCCUCCAGGACAGAGCCCACUGCAGCCCUGGAGAUAUUUGUCAAGGCUGUAGGGGGGGUGUACAGUGGUCUGCAGGUCCUGUCUGAGCGCUCAGCCAUGGUGACCAGAGCCCUGGACUACAUUGGUGACAUCAUGAAGCACAUCAAACCCUCUCUGGUCAGCAAGAGUCAGGAGGGGCUGCAGCUGGCCUACUGGGCUGUCGGCUGCAUAGUGAAGCACUGGAGCCCCCUGCUGGCCACCUCUAAAGCCCAGCAGCUGCUGUUCAGAAUAGUGGACGGGCUGCUGCUCCCCCACAACCUCACACAGCAGGACAAAGCGCUGAGGGACAGCCUGCCUCUGUAUCUACAGGGUCUGUCAGUGGCCUCCUGUGUGUCUCAGUCGCAGGGCGCCUACCUGAAGCAGCAGCUCCGCUCGGUCACCCGCAGAUAUCUGGACCACUUCCUCCCCGCCUCCCCCUCCAUGGGCGUCAUCUCCAACCACCCAGUGCUCCUCGGGGCCUGCGAGGCUAACCCUACCCCCCGAGGAGCGGCGCUGAGGAAGACCAUCCUGGAGGUGCUCUGCAUGAGCUUCCUGCAGUUUAAAGGUCACGCCCCCCCUCCACGACUGGCAGCAGUGCUGAUGUUCCUGUUGGAGCUCCUGAGGAGAAACAGUGACUUAGACCCCGCCCUCCUCACUGUGCCCCUCCCCUCUCUGCUGCGCUGUGUGAUGCUGGUCAACGAGCCGCAGGUGAGGAAAACGAGCACAGACGCCUUACAGCUGGUGGUGGAGCGGUGUGCCGCUGCAUCUACAGAGGGACCGAGUGACCAGAUGAUCACUGUCUUAGGGUCGUUUGUGGGGGAGAACGAGGGGGUCUACGACAGGCAGGUAUACAGUCUGCUGGAGACGGUGGCUGUGUUAGAUCCCUCUGUGGUCCAAGCACUCAUUCCCAACCUGUCUAUCAGUCUGAGAAACACGGAGCACAAGAAAGGGCUGGGCAGGAACAUCGCCUUGAGGACUGCUUAUAGGAAGCUGCUGUGCCUCCUUGGAGAGAGUGGGCAGGCAGAAAUAACCAGCCUAGAAGCUGAAUAAACUGCUUUCAGAACAAGGACCAGCUCCACUCCCUGUCGCCAGCCACAAGAACAACGUGUUUUGUCAGACCAGACUACUUUUUGUAUGAGCUGUACUUAAAGGGACACUUAACGCCAACAGCAAAAUAUGGAUUUGUUUCUCUUUCCUGUAAUGUAGUUUGACUUUUUUCUAACAAACUUCACCCGCCAAUUGAAUCACUGUGCUAAAGGAAGCUAAGCGCUACUGCCAUUUCACCUAGCGCGCUGACUAGCAUUGUAGGUGUAGCUAGCUCAGCGCGCACACUUCCUUCUGUGCAAUUAUAUGAAAAGCAGUUUAAAUUCCGUGAAAACUAAAAAUAAUCUACGUGUAACUGCUCACAACAAUGUCUUUGGAUUCUCUUGCGUAAUUGGUAAUGAUUUCUGAAACACACACAGGAAUGAUUUAAAUAUAACUAAGGGUAAGAGUGUAUUUUUGAAAUGUCCCUUUAAACAAUCCCAUAUCAACUGUAGGCUACUUGAAGCGACAGUAAUCCACAGCAUAAAAAGUAAAAUGUCUCCUAUUACCCUAGUACAGUUUCAUGUAAGGACUAGUUUAUAUUUACUUAAUUUCACCCGCCAACUGUAUCAUUGUGCAGAAAGAAAGAAGGAAGCUAAAUUAUAAUGCCAUUUCACCCAGCGCGCUAAACUAGCUAACGUUUUAGAUGUAGCUAGUUUAGUGUGCAAGUCUAAGGAUUAUGUCGAGUAACUGGGUAAAGAUUCCUGAAAAACAUUGCUGUUGAGUUCUUAAAUGUAUUUUUGGCCAUUUGACACUUAAAGUAAUAAGAAACAUAUGUAUGUUUGAUCAUUGGGUGCCCUGUAGUUAAGAGUGUCCAUUUAUGCAUGAGUCUCCAAUCAUAGAAUGUAAGCAUAAUAUCACCAGUUUGUAUAUAAUGUACAUGUUGUAAAAAAGUUGCAGCUCUGCAUUUUGGCAGAUGCGUUUAUUAAUUAAUGAAAUAAAAUAUGACAAUAAAAAUGAA